UGAGGCUUCACGUUUUUAAACCCACCUGCGAAGGACAUAGAAGAUACCUGAGGUGUUAAGAUGAGUCGGCAGCGGGCAGAGUCCCGGGGUUCCCUGGGGCCUGAUGAUGAGGUCAUGCCGUACAGUGACGAUGAGACGGACGACGAACUGGCACAGAGCAGUGACGGGGAAGCGGACGAGCUACCACCAGGAGCACCGCACCCCCCAGUGGAAGUUAGAGGCAGCGAUGUUACUUGGAAGGUGAAAGCCAAUGACCGUCCUUACCACCACCUGCCAGAGUUUCAGAAAAAGGUCUUCCUGUGCUUUAAGAAGAGCAAAUACUCUGGGAACGCCAUCAAGACGUACAAGUACAACAUCCUCACCUUCAUCCCCCUCAACCUGUACGAGCAGUUCAGGAGAGUCGCUAACCUCUACUUCCUGGGUCUGCUCAUCUUACAGAUUAUACCAGACAUCACCACUCUGCCCUGGUACACCACGCUGAUUCCUCUGGUCGUGGUGCUGGGAGUCACUGCCAUCAAAGACCUGGUGGACGAUCUUGCCCGGCACAGAAUGGAUAAGGAGAUCAACAACAGGAAGAGUGAGGUCCUGAUAGAUGGAAGGUUUCAAGAAACAAAGUGGAGAGACAUUGAGGUCGGAGAUGUGGUUCGUUUGAAGAAGAACGACUUUAUUCCGGCUGACAUCCUGUUGUUAUCCAGCUCCAACCCAAACAGCCUGUGUUACGUAGAAACAGCCGAGCUCGACGGAGAAACCAACCUUAAGUUUAAGAUGGGACUUCGAGUGACUGAUGAGAGGCUGCAGGAGGAACGUCAGCUGGCUGAGUUUAAUGCUCUGAUCGAGUGUGAGGAACCGAACAACCGUCUGGACAAGUUCAUAGGGAUGAUGCUGUGGAACAGGGAGCGCUACCCUCUGGACCUGGACAAUGUGCUGCUCCGAGGGUGCACGGUCAGAAACACAGAGGAAUCCCACGGCGUGGUCAUCUUCGCAGGUGCGGACACCAAAAUCAUGAGGAACAGCGGGAAGACAAGGUUCAAGAGGACCAAAAUUGACGAGCUGAUGAACUACAUGGUUUACACUAUCUUUGUGCUGCUGCUUCUGGUGGCAGCAGGUCUGGCCAUCGGUCACUCCUUUUGGUACGAGGAGAUCGGCGCCAAAGCCUGGUAUCUGUACGACGGAAAAAACGACAGUACUUCCUACAGAGGCUUUCUCAGCUUCUGGGGAUACAUCAUCGUCCUCAACACAAUGGUGCCCAUUUCACUAUAUGUCAGUGUGGAGGUGAUACGUCUGGGCCAGAGUAAGUUCAUCAACUGGGACCUGCAGAUGUAUUGUGCAGAGAAAGACACACCAGCUAAGGCUCGAACCACCACCCUGAACGAGCAGCUCGGGCAGAUCGAGUACAUCUUCUCGGACAAGACGGGAACUCUGACACAGAACAUCAUGCAGUUCAAGAAGGCCACCAUCGCCGGACGUUGCUAUGGUACCCACCAGGCAAUUCCCACACUAACCCUGCUAGUGUCUCCAGUGGACUGGAGCUGGAACCGAGACGCUGACAGAAAGUUUGAGUUCAUGGAUCAUUCUCUGGUCGCCAAUGUCCGAUCCAGUAAGGAUAAAGACGCUAUGGAGUUCUUCAAACUGCUCUCCCUCUGCCACACUGUCAUGGUAGAGAGCAAAGAAGGUGAGCUGGUGUACCAGGCAGCGUCUCCUGAUGAGGGCGCCCUGGUGACAGCAGCCAGGAACUUCGGCUUUGUGUUUCUGUCUCGUACCCAAGACACCAUCACCAUCAGGGAAAUGGACCAGGAGGCGACCUAUGAAAUGUUGGCGCUGCUCGACUUCAACUCCGACCGCAAGCGCAUGUCUAUCAUAUUGAAGUUUCCUGAUGGUCGUAUUCGUCUAUACUGUAAAGGAGCCGACACGGUCAUCUAUGAGCGACUUUCCCCCAACUCCCGACACAAGGAUACCACCCAAAAUGCUCUCGAUACCUUUGCCAACGAGACCUUGCGGACGCUGUGCUUGUGCUACAAAGACAUCAGAAUAGACGAGUAUGAAGCCUGGUCCAGGAGGCACAAAGAGGCCCAGGUGACCAUGGUUGACCGAGAAGGCGCCCUUGAUCGUGUGUACGAGCAGAUUGAGAGCAACCUGAUGCUGAUUGGAGCGACGGCGAUUGAGGACAAGCUGCAGGACGGAGUGCCAGAGACCAUCGCCAAACUGGCCAAAGCCGACAUCAAGAUCUGGGUCCUGACUGGAGAUAAGAAAGAAACGGCAGAAAACAUCGGUUUUUCCUGUUCACUCCUGACAGACGACAUGAGUAUCCACUACGGAGAAGACGUCAAUGAGAAGCUGAGGAUUCGUCAGGCCACGAGGAGAACCGACCCUGCAACUUACCAACGAGGCAAAAAGGAAUCUGCACAACGUUUCUUCACGGAACCCGGCAAAAACGCUCUCGUCAUCACUGGAGGAUGGCUGAAUGAGAUUCUGUAUGAAAAGAAGAAGAAACGCCGUCGCCUGCGUCUUCGUCGCCUGGGAAAGCGACCGCCACCCAGUAGCCCUCAGGACGGACAGCCAAUGAAUGACUGGGAGAAGGAGAUGAGACAGAUUGACUUCGUGGACAUGGCCUGUGAGUGCGAGUCAGUCAUCUGCUGUCGUGUCACACCUAAGCAGAAAGCCAACGUAGUAAGUUUGGUGAAGAAAUACAAGAAGGCUGUGACACUGUCCAUCGGAGACGGAGCCAAUGACGUCAACAUGAUCAAGACUGCAGAUAUCGGCGUUGGCAUCAGUGGUCAGGAGGGGAUGCAGGCCGUCAUGUCCAGCGACUAUGCUUUCGCCCAGUUCCGUUACCUGCAGCGCCUCCUGCUGGUGCACGGCCGCUGGUCCUACAUCCGAAUGUGCAAAUUCCUGCGUUACUUCUUCUUCAAGAACUUCGCCUUCACGCUGGUCCACUUCUGGUACUCCUUCUUCAGCGGAUACUCGUCACAGGUCGCCUAUGAAGACUGGUUCAUCACACUCUACAAUCUCUGUUACAGCAGCUUACCGGUUCUACUAGUUGGACUUCUUGACCAGGAUGUUAACGACAAACUGAGCCUGAAAUUCCCCAAGCUGUACCUGGCCGGCCAGCAGGGGACGUUGUUCAACUACAGAAACUUCUUCGUCAGCUUGUUCCACGGCAUCUUCGUCUCGCUCAUCAUCUUCUUCAUCCCCUACGGAGCGUUCCUGCAGACCAUGGGGCAAGAUGGAGAAGCCCCCUCUGACUACCAGUCCUUCGCAGUCGUCACUGCUACGUCACUGGUUUUUGCCGUCAACCUGCAGAUCUCUCUGGAUACCUCUUACUGGACCUUUGUCAACUGCUUUGCUGUCUUGGGCAGCAUAGCAAUCUACUUUGGCAUCAUGUUUGACAUCCACAGUGCUGGGAUCCACGUCAUCUUCCCCUCAGUUUUCACCUUCACCGGUGUUGCAUCAAAUGCUAUGCGUCAGCCGUACCUGUGGUUAACCAUCAUCCUGACAGUGGGCAUCAGCCUGCUGCCCGUCAUCUGCAUCCAGUUCCUCCAUAAAUCCAUCUGGCCCUCUGUAGGAGACAGGGUUCAGAAAAACAGGAAGAAGUACGAGAUGGAGAUAGAAGAGGAGGAGAAGAAAAAAGCACCAACCUUCCAGCGCGGCCGACGUUCCCGCCGCUCUGCCUACGCCUUCUCUCACUCCCGAGGCUACGCCGACCUCAUCUCGUCUGGGCGGAGCAUUCGGCGGCGGCCACAGCCCCGCAGUGGACCCCAGGACAGCAUCAGGGAGGUUUCCCACAGAGAGGCGGAAAACAUCUGACGGGGCAGAGCGGAAGACGGAGCAAAACUGUAGCG